UCCCAAUGGGUGGGAAUGGGGGCGGGGCUCUCCGAGGGGCGGGGAAGGACAGGGUGCGGGGAGGGCGUUGCAGAAGGAGCGGAGCGGCUGCUGCUCAAUGGCGGAAAAGCCGCCGGUGCUCUGACCGCCUCGUCCCCCUAGCAGUUGCGGGGGAGUUUCCUGCCGGCGCGGCUGGAGUCUCUGUUUCUCAGGGUUAGGUGGCUGGAAGAUGCUCCAGAGAGACGAGGCUGCGGCGGAGGAGGUGGCGGCGGCCGAAUCGGCAGCGGCGCUAGGGUGGAAAGAAGGCGGCAGCGGCGGCGGCGGCGGCGUGCGGGGCCCGAGGGUGUAAACAGUCCCGGAGGCGGCGGAGGCGGUGGCCAAGACCCCGAGCGGGAAGCGGCGACUGAGGCAGGGUCGCGCCUCCGUUGGAAGCCUGGGCUGAGUGCAGCAGGGGGGCUCUGCGGCGGUCGCGAGCGGACGCCCUAGACCUCGCCUCCCUCCCUCGCCCCAGAUCUAUUACUAAACAUGGGUGCAUUUUUGGACAAACCCAAAACUGAGAAACAUAAUGCUCACGGUGCUGGGAAUGGUUUACGUUAUGGCCUGAGCAGCAUGCAAGGAUGGAGAGUGGAAAUGGAAGAUGCACACACAGCUGUUGUAGGUAUUCCACACGGCUUGGAAGACUGGUCGUUUUUUGCAGUUUAUGAUGGUCACGCCGGAUCCCGAGUAGCAAAUUACUGCUCAACACACUUACUAGAACACAUCACUAACAACGAAGACUUCAGGGCAGCUGGAAAGUCAGGAUCUGCUCUUGAGCCUUCAGUGGAAAAUGUCAAGAAUGGUAUCAGAACUGGCUUUUUGAAAAUUGAUGAAUACAUGCGUAACUUUUCAGACCUCAGAAAUGGCAUGGACAGGAGCGGUUCAACUGCAGUGGGAGUUAUGAUUUCACCUAAGCACAUCUACUUCAUCAACUGUGGCGAUUCACGGGCUGUUCUGUAUAGGAGUGGACAAGUCUGCUUUUCUACCCAAGAUCACAAACCUUGCAACCCAAGGGAGAAAGAGCGAAUCCAAAAUGCAGGAGGCAGCGUAAUGAUACAGCGUGUUAAUGGUUCAUUAGCAGUGUCUCGUGCUCUGGGGGACUAUGAUUACAAGUGUGUGGAUGGCAAGGGCCCAACAGAACAACUUGUUUCUCCAGAGCCUGAGGUUUAUGAAAUUUUAAGAGCAGAAGAGGAUGAAUUUAUCAUCUUGGCUUGUGAUGGGAUCUGGGAUGUUAUGAGUAAUGAGGAGCUCUGUGAAUUUGUUAAAUCUAGGCUUGAGGUAUCUGAUGACCUGGAAAAUGUGUGCAAUUGGGUAGUGGACACUUGUUUACAUAAGGGAAGUCGAGAUAACAUGAGUAUUGUACUGGUUUGCUUUUCAAAUGCCCCCAAGGUCUCAGAUGAAGCAAUGAGAAAAGACUCAGAGUUGGAUAAGUACUUGGAAUCACGGGUGGAAGAAAUUAUGGAGAAGUCUGGUGAGGAAGGGAUGCCUGAUCUUGCCCACGUCAUGCGCAUCUUGUCUGCAGAAAAUAUCCCAAAUUUGCCUCCUGGGGGAGGUCUUGCUGGCAAGCGCCAUGUUAUUGAAGCUGUUUAUAGUAGGCUGAAUCCACAUAGAGAAAGUGAUGGGGGUGCUGGAGAUCUAGAAGACCCAUGGUAGCCUUAUAAACCUUCUAAAAUGCUUUUGAUUCUGAAAAUUGGGGGAAAAAACUUUUAAUCACAAUUUUCUUCAAUACAAGGGAAAAAUAUUCUUGUGGAUUCCCAGCGUUUUGUGAUAUGAGCAGAAAAUCAUUAGCAUUUCCCAUCAUUUGUUCAUAUUUGUGUUUUCUGGUAAUUGCCACUUGUAGCAUUGCCUGUACUACAGUAUUUUUGCCAGCCUCAGACAUACUGGUUACAUCUGUAUUGAACUUUUGACCCUAGAAACCAAUGGAGUUAUUUCACCACAAAUAACGAAUAUGCCUGAGGUGCAUGGGAAUAUAGUUAGCUGUACUCUGAAGAUACAUUAUUUUUUUUUUUUAACUAAGGCACACAACAUAUAAGCAUGUAAGAGUAAAGAACUGUAUGAGAUGUUCCUUUUUUCAAUUCACCAAGUUGGAAGCCUUUUGCAGCUCUGUGGCUUAAAAUUUCAUUUGAGCAAUUUACUGUAGGAUUUAUAUUUAUUAUUAAUUGUUAUUUAAUUUUUUUUUCCAAUUUUACCUGUAUUACCAAACUGGGUUCUCCAAUAAUGUCCAAAUUGUAAUGUUGCCUGCUUCAACAUAAAGUAUAUUUGGCAAUAAUAUUAUAAACCCUUACAAAUUUUAUGCAUGUAUCUACUACAUCCUUCAAUUCUCACUAGAAAAAUCUCUUGAAACCAAAUGGAUUAAUUUAUGGCUAUUUAUAAUUUGCUUUGACAUCUCACUGCUGCAAAUUUUUUUUAAUGAUGAAAUUUGCCUUUAUAAUGUAAAUUGUGAUUUUUGUUUUACAUGUGGGUUUCUAUAGUUUUAAUUUUUCAGCUUUUAAGAUACAACAGGUUUUGUGUAAUUUGGUAUAAUUUUUAAUUGUUUACAUUAUUUUAAAAGCUCAGAAUAUCACAUUGAAAUGACUAUAAAUACAUUUAAAAUUAUCUAUUUUAGAUCUAAGGAAAUAUUACAGAGAUAUUUUCAUGGGUUCAGUAACCUUUCAUUUUAUAACAUUGGGCACGGUACGGAGUGGCUGUCACAUAAGGUACUUGAAGAUUAUUAGUUUAAUUCUAUUUUUACAAUAACCUUGAAUUCUUGAAUUCUUCUGAGUUUUGCAUGUAUCCAGUUAAUGCUGAACGUGAAGAGUGAAAUAUUUAUCUAAAAGGAGCGUGGGGGUAGGAGAGCAAUGAAUGUAUCCAUUUGUACAUGGUGUACAUGUUGUGGAUGCUUUGUAAACAUUUUCCUAUCUGUUCAAAUUGUGUUUCAGCAGGAUGUAAUUGCCCUUGUGUGUAGUUGAAAUGAGUCAUCAUCUGGUCCUGUGUGAAAUGGAAUUCAUGGUAUUUUCUGUAACAUUUUCCUGAAGCUGUUUCUGGAGAGCCACACAUUUAAAUACAGCUUUCUUGAUCAUUUCGAUUUAUUGUGCACCUGAUUUUUUGGUCUGAAAGGAAUUAUUGCCACAACAUAUUUUAUUUAUUCUUUAGAUUUUAGCCUUGUAAGUUAAAGUGCUUUACAUGAUGAUGUUAAGAGCUAUUUGUCCCUUGACUGGGUUUGGGGGGGUUGUUAAAAGAUAGGGAAUGAAGAAUGCAAAAUGGUUGUUGUUCAAACUGUCCACUCUGAUCCAACCCUGUACUGAUAGUACCUUUCCAGUAUGAUAUUGUGAUGUUUCAUACAAUGCAGUGAACAUAACCAACUUGUUACCUAAAUAAAGACUUGAUAAAAACAGUGUGACAUAUUA